UAGUGUUGUUAGGCAAAAUAUAAGAGAGCAGUAGGAGAGAUCUGCAAUAGAUAAACACUUGUACACGCACCAGCUGGCGCGCUUGCAGACACGCACAACACGCAUCUAGGAACACAGUCCAGAGCUGUGAUUGCUGCGUUCUUGUAUUUUUUAAUGGUUCUUUUGUCAUCUAUCAUUUCAGUGGAAAAUAGCCACUGACAGAGGGAGAGAUAGAGAGACACACGCAGAGAGAAGCAGGUGCGCCCUUUAAGAGGAAAGAAGCAUCUGAGGCAAGGGCAGCAUCCCAGUCUCCAUUCUCUGUGGAGGCUGUGGAAUUCAGAGGAGUGUAAAAAGGAACAGACGGUCACACAAAGCUCUUCAUUUUUUUGUGCUCUUGCUCCUUUCACCUGGAGGUAGGCUGCAAUGGUUGGCACUAAUCAGAGGCCUAAACCUGUCUGAGAGAGCCCUAUGAACAGCCGAUCCAAUGGAUAUCAAAGGCCAGUGUUGGACCGACGAGGAGUCAGAUGGGGAGAACGAAUCUGAACAGUUCCUUUAUGGAAUCCAGUGCUGCUUGUUGCAGGGGAGCUGUGCUGCUGACCUGUACCGCCACCCUCAGCUAGAUGCAGAUAUUGAAGCUGUGAAAGACAUCUACACCGACAGUGCCAUCUCUGUCAGGGAGUACGGAACCAUUGAUGAUGUGGACAUCGAUCUUCAUAUUAACAUCGGCUUCUUAGAUGAGGAGGUUGCAACAGCCUGGAAAGUUAUAAGAACAGAGCCCAUUAUUCUGAGACUGCGCUUUUCUCUUUCUCAGUACCUUGAUGGACCCGAGCCGUCGGUAGAUGUGUUUCAGCCUUCGAAUAAAGAAGGCUUCAGUCUAGGCCUGCAACUCAAAAAGAUCCUGAGCACAUUUACCUCACAGCAGUGGAAGCACCUCAGCAAUGAGUUCCUCAAGGCCCAACAGGAAAAGAGGCAUAGCUGGUUCAAAGCUGGAGGGACCAUCAAGAAAUUCCGUGCUGGGCUCAGCAUUUUCUCCCCAAUUCCCAAGUCUCCAAGUUUUCCUCUGAUCCAAGACACAGUUCUAAAGGGGAAGCUGAGUGUCCCUGAGCUGAGAGUGACCCGCCUGAUGAACCGCUCUAUCUCCUGUACAAUGAAGAACCCUAAAGGGGAACUCUUUAGCUAUCCACCAAACAGCCAGACUGUAGCUGUCCCGGCGGCCAGGGCCCCAGCGCAGAUUACCACGAGGCAGCUGAUUGAAUUGUUUUUUUCAUCCCAGGCGGGCGGCCACUGCAAGAACAUCCCUACUUUGGAGUACGGCUUCUUAGUGCAGAUAAUGAAGUACUCAGAGCAGAGGAUCCCCACUCUUAAUGAGUACUGCGUGGUUUGUGACGAACAGCAUGUCUUUCAGAAUGGGUCCAUGCUGAAGCCUGCUGUGUGUACCAGAGAGUUGUGUGUGUUCUCCUUCUACACUCUGGGUGUGAUGUCUGGAGCUGCAGAAGAAGUGGCAACAGGAGCAGAGGUUGUGGACCUGCUUGUGGCUAUGUGUAGAGCUGCACUUGAGUCCCCACGCAAGAGCAUUAUCUUUGAGCCCUACCCAUCGGUUGUGGAUCCAAAUGAUCCCAAAACUCUUGCAUUCAACCCGAAGAAGAAGAAUUAUGAAAGACUGCAGAAAGCACUGGACAGUGUCAUGUCCAUUCGUGAAAUGACCCAGGGUUCAUAUCUGGAGAUCAAGAAACAGAUGGACAAACUGGACCCUUUGGCCCACCCUCUGUUGCAAUGGAUCAUCUCCAGUAAUAGGUCUCAUAUUGUCAAGCUGCCUCUCAGCAGGCAACUGAAAUUCAUGCACACAUCCCACCAGUUCCUGUUGCUCAGCAGCCCCCCAGCCAAGGAGGCUCGCUUUCGUACCGCCAAGAAGCUCUAUGGCAGCACCUUUGCCUUUCAUGGAUCCCAUAUAGAGAAUUGGCACUCUGUUCUUAGAAAUGGACUGGUCAACGCCUCUUACACCAAGCUGCAGCUGCAUGGUGCAGCGUAUGGAAAGGGCAUCUAUCUGAGCCCCAUCUCCAGUAUAUCUUUUGGAUACUCAGGAAUGGGGAAAGGACAACAUCGCAUGCCCACCAAAGAUGAGCUGGUACAGCGUUACAACCGUAUGAACACCAUACCGCAGAGCCGUCCAAUACAAUCAAGGUUUCUGCAAAGUCGAAACUUGAACUGCAUUGCUCUUUGUGAAGUGAUCACAUCUAAAGAUCUCCAGAAACACGGCAACAUAUGGGUGUGUCCCGUCUCCGACCAUGUCUGUACCCGCUUCUUUUUUGUGUAUGAGGAUGGCCAAGUAGGAGAUGCCAACAUCAACACUCAGGAGCCCAAGGUGCAGAAGGAGAUCAUGCGUGUGAUUGGGACCCAAAUCUACUCAAGCUAAUGGAGGGUCCGCAGCAGAUCUAUCCCUAUCUCAGCAGGGGGGAAGCAGACAAGACAGACAAUUGAAGCAAACGUUUUGAGUGAGCUGUCCUUAGGCCAGACACUGAGGGAUGAAAAGCUCCUGAGCACAUCAUUACCGACAUGGUUUAACUCUAGUGUUCUUGUUUUGUCCUCUUUCUCUUGUGUUUCACCUUCUCCACAUUGUUACGACUUACAUGUUCACCUGACCCUCAGUUAGGUUGCAGCUGGUUUAAAUCAGCUUUCCCCGGUUUUUACUGCUGUCUACACAAAUGCACUCAUUUUUCUGGGACUGCCGAGGCUAUAUUCUUGUUGCUGUGUUUUUACUUUAACUGAUUCAGUUUUUUAUUCUUUUUUGUGAAUAUGUAGUAAAACAAAUAUUCAUUCCAAAUGAUUAUUGACCUUUUUAUGGCAAAUAUUGGAGAGAAUUAUGCACACAUCGAAGUUAGUUAUUUGUAUGUCUUUGGAAAGUUAUUAUCUGUAAUUUUCUGCAGUAUUUUCAGACUGAAGACAUGAACUGAGGCUGUGAUUAACAGAGGGACAUACACCACUUGUCCACUGAUACCUCUAGGCUGUCAAAAGUAUUUUUUGAAAUUCAAACUUAAUAUCAAUAUAUGUACUUUGUUUUGCAUAAAAAUAUCUACUGUAGUUAAUCUGUUCACGAUAAUUGUUGUUUUAGAAACAGAAAACCGGAAAAUUUUUGGCCUUUUGAGAUUUUAGUUUGUUUUUAUUUACUAUUUUAACAAACACAACACAAAACAUGAAAAAUUAUGCAUGUUUUCAGAUUGCAAUAAUAGAUUAGAAUUAAACAAAAUAAGAUCAAAUCAUCUUAACAAUAAACAGAGUGCAUAAAAGUGAAUAUUAUUUAGUGAUGAAUUAACCUAUUGAAAAUUGAGUUUUUAAGCUGCCAAUUAACAAUUCCUUUACAUAUAAAGUAGAAAAUGGGCUGAAAAAUGGGACCCAUAUGUGUAUUAGACAUGUUACCAAAACAGACUGAUUUCCAUUUCAGAUCCAGCUUAGAAAGAAAUGUGGGUUUUGUUUAAUUAACCUAAUCGGGUUACAGGAAGCACAUUGUGAACCAUAAAAACUCCUUAACCUGAAAAAUAAAUAAUAGAAAAAGACCCUUGCCCCACCCUAAGCAUUUCAAGAAAUGAUGGCAUUGAAUGUAGGAUUUGUUUUAUUUAUCAGUUUGUUUUCUUAUUUAUUUGGAAUUCAGUCAUUUAGUGCGUACAGAAGACUUAAAGAGAAAAUUAUGAUGGAUGAAACAUCAGAAUAAAACUGUAGCUCUCAGAGUGCAUAACAGUGGUGCAAAUUUGUACAGUUAAAACCAGCUAAUUACACAGUAUGCUGAAAAAAUUAAACACAAUCCUAUCUGCUUUUUUCUCUGUCUGAAAUUGAACAAAGAGAGAGCGAGAAUAUUUUCUGAAUUUCUUCAAUUGAGAAGUUUACAUAAUUUCACUCACUGUUUGCCAGAAUAAUAUUUUAAAUCACAUGACUUGGGUCAUACAUUGCAGAUUUCCUUCUAGAAGCUUCUCACAACAGUUUGACAGAAUUUUGACCAGUUCUUUAUAACUAGUUUGGCAGUAUACUUUGGUCAUUCACCAUUUGCAAAACCCAUUUGUGCUCAAAGAUUAACCUCUUGGCUUACGUGCUUCAAUAUUUCAAGUUUCCUAAAAAUAUCUGGAGUAUUAUUCCACUAAAAAUAGGGAGCAGCUGCUUUAAACCAGCACCAAUGGAUGGAUAGAUUCUCUCUCAUUUUGGGUGCAUUUGGCAAAUAAAAAAAUAAAACUCCUGGUGUAAGACAUUUAAACUUUAGUCUGAUUUAAUAUCAAGUCAUGUUUUUUUAUGUAUUAAAAUAUACAAGUAUCUUGUUUUAACUGUAUGUGCUGGGACUAUCAUGUGCCUCUGUAGGGAAAAAAGUAUUUUUGUGAUCAUAUUACUGUCAUAGCCUUUUAACCUUUUGUACAUCAUUGUUUUUUAUGAGUCAUCACUACAUGAAAUGAAUAAUUUGCCGUGCUCAUUUUCAAACGAC